AUCGGUCCAUCCCUCUCCCUCUCUCUCUUUUAUUUAAAUAAAAUUAAUAAAGUGUAUUGCCUCUUCAGCCCAGAAGGAAGAGGAAGAAGAAGAAGAAAGAGAGAGAGACAGAGAGAGAAAGGAAGAAUGUGUGGGAUAUUUGCGUAUUUGAAUUUCAAUGUGAAGAAGGAGAGGCGCUACAUUCUGCAGGUGCUCUUCAAUGGCCUCAGGCGUUUGGAGUACAGAGGCUACGAUUCCGCCGGCAUCGCCAUCGACUCCGACAACAAUUCCUCAUCGUCCUCCGAAAAUUCCGUCGUCUGUCCGCCUCCUCUCGUCUUCCGCCGCGAGGGAAACAUUGAGUCCCUUGUCAAAUCUGUCUACCAUGAGGUCGCUGAAACGGAUUUAAAUUUGGAGGAAUCUUUUUCCAUCCAUGCUGGCAUAGCGCACACCAGGUGGGCAACUCAUGGAGAGCCAUCUCCGAGGAACAGUCAUCCUCAGAGCUCUGAUGAUGGAAACGAGUUCUUGGUUGUUCAUAAUGGUGUUAUUACUAAUUAUGAGGUCUUAAAGGAGACGCUAGUCCGACAUGGGUUCACCUUUGAAUCUGAAACAGAUACAGAAGUAAUUCCGAAGCUUGCCAAAUUUGUUUUUGACAAAGCAACUGAAGGAGGUGACCGGACUGUCACAUUUAGUCAAGUGGUGCUUGAAGUUAUGAGGCAUCUUGAAGGAGCAUAUGCUCUUAUUUUUAAAAGCCGGCAUUAUCCAAAUGAAUUGAUUGCUUGCAAACGUGGCAGCCCAUUGGUCUUAGGUGUAAAAGAAUUGACAGAAGACGCAAGCAAUGGAUCGGCAUUUCAUGAUGAUAAAUUUGUUUCAAAGAAUGGAAACCCCAAAGAACUUUUCUUAUCCAGUGAUGCCAAUGCUCUAGUUGAACACACAAAGAAAGUUUUGGUAAUUGAGGAUGGUGAAGUAGUUCACCUUAAGGAUGGAGGAGUAUCAAUUCUCAAGUUCGAUAAUGACAAAGAAAAACAUGGCAAUUCCCUUGCUCGACCUGCUUCAGUGCAACGUGCAUUAUCUGUUCUUAUGAUGGAGGUUGAACAAAUAAAUAAAGGAAAGUACGAGCAUUAUAUGCAGAAAGAAAUUCAUGAACAACCGGAAUCUUUAAAAACCACAAUGAGGGGGAGGCUUAUUCGUGGAGGUUCCUCCAAAGCCAAGACUGUUCUUUUGGGUGGGCUGAAGGAUCACCUUAAAACAAUAAGGCGUAGCAGGCGGAUUGUUUUCAUUGGUUGUGGAACAAGCUACAAUGCUGCUUUAGCUGCAAGACCCAUCUUGGAAGAACUUUCUGGCAUCCCUGUUACAAUGGAAAUUGCUAGUGAUCUCUUGGAUCGGCAGGGACCAAUUUACAGAGAAGAUACAGCUGUAUUUGUUAGUCAAUCUGGUGAAACUGCAGAUACUUUACUUGCAUUGGAAUAUGCUUUAGAAAAUGGUGCAUUAUGUGUUGGCAUAACAAACACUGUUGGCAGUGCAAUAGCCAGGCAUACACAUUGUGGCGUUCAUAUAAAUGCUGGCUGUGAGAUUGGUGUGGCAAGUACCAAGGCAUACACAAGUCAAAUAGUAGUGAUGGCCAUGUUAGCACUAGCGAUAGGAGGUGAUACUCUUUCCAAUCAAGCAAGAAGAGAGGCUAUAAUAGAUGGUCUAUUUGACUUGCCAAACACAGUCAGAGAGGCAUUGAAGCUUGACCAGGAAAUGAAGGAUCUUGCAAAACUGUUGAUUGCUGAGCAGUCACUCCUUGUGUUUGGGAGAGGUUACAAUUAUGCAACAGCUCUGGAGGGUGCUUUGAAAGUAAAGGAAGUGGCACUAAUGCAUAGCGAAGGAAUACUUGCCGGUGAAAUGAAACACGGUCCUUUGGCUUUGGUUGAUGAAAAUCUCCCUAUAGUUGUGAUUGCCACUCGUGAUGCCUGCUUCAGCAAGCAGCAGUCUGUUAUUCAGCAACUUCAUGCCCGCAAAGGUCGCCUAAUAGUGAUGUGUUCAAAAGGAGAUGCUGCUGCUGUGUGUGCUGGGGGAUCUGGUCGAGUGAUUGAGGUUCCGCAGGUUGAGGAUUGUCUUCAACCUGUAAUUAAUAUAAUUCCCUUACAGUUGCUGGCAUAUCAUCUCACCGUAUUGAGGGGGUUCAACGUCGACCAGCCGCGGAAUCUUGCAAAGAGUGUGACAACCCAGUAGUUCUACUGACAACUUCUUGCCUCUUUUACUCUUACCUACCAUGAGAAAGUUCAGGAUCCCAACUGAAUGCAUUAGAGAUUUAUUUAUUUAUUUAUUUCCUUUUUGGCUCUGAAACCACCUCAGAUGUAUUUUGUGGUGUUUAUGCUGAGAGAUCAUACUGGAGCAUUGUAAAUUAUCAGAAAUAGGAACCCUAAUAACACCCCCCCCGACUUCUCA